ACCCUGCCAGAUGCCACCUUCAACCCCGGUUCCAACGGCCUCUUGUCACCUCACGAUCCUCUUCUCCACAUCAAACCCAGUCAAACCAGUGUCCCCUCCUCACUGGGAUUCGAUCGUCUCAGCGGUGGAAGUGUCUUAGGAUCUCCUUUAGGUCCACCACAAAGUUCUUCUUAUCGUUGUCCCACCUCUCCCACCCAUUACGGUGGUGGUGGUGGUGGUGGUGGUGGUGGUGGUGGUGGGACAAGCGGCUUAGAACGUUCCUCAAGUUUUGGGAAGAAUGGGAAACCACCAGAAUUAUUAGGAGAAGAAAGGAAUGAAGAUGAUGAUUUUUUAAUUCAACAUCUUCUUCAAGGUCCAAGUCCACCACGUGGACCAGGUGAUGAUGGGUUGGGAAGUUGUGAAGAAAGAAAUGGUGGUGGUGCUGGUGGUGGUGGUGGUGGUGGUGGUGGUUAUGGAAGUUUAGGGAAAGCUGAAGAGAGAUAUCAACUCCAAAGUGUCAUCAGACCCAACUCCAACCUUGAAGGUCCAGGAAGUUUGGAGUUGGCUUUGUUGAAGGAGAAGAAGAAACCAGAAAGAGGGAAAGACUAUCGAACUGGUGGAACUGGUGGAACUGGUGGUGGGAAUGCUCAUCUCCACCAAGCCCACGUCCGCUCUCAAGCUUUAGAUCCUCAAGCUCCACCACCUUUACCACCUGAAUCCAUGGAAGUUCUACCACCUCCCCAAGAAAUCCAAGACUUUUUAGAACCUCCUUUAGGUUUAGAACCUCAUUUAGGACCAACUGGUGGAGUUCAAGGACCACCAGGUCAUCUUUUAGAUCCUGAAGGAGGUCCACCAGUGACCAACACCUCGUUAGAAGCUAAAGAUCAAUAUGGAGAAGGUGGAAGUCCACCUGGUGGUAAAAAUCGCUUCGUUCCUUUGACCUCCAUCUGCUUCCCAGAUGCUUUGCUUCAAGAUGAAGAUCGUGGUUUCUUCCCAGGGAUGGAGGACAUGUUUGGACCACCACCAGAAGACUUCCCUAAACCUACUGAAGAUGAUGAUGAUGAUGAAGAAGGAGGAACAGGUUCUUUAGAACCACGUUCAGAAGGUUUAAAAACUUCUCCCUAUGACAUGGGUCAAACUUAUUCUACUUAUUGUCCCACCACCGAUGGUCCAAGUUCUGAAGCUUCAUCCAUCGCUUUAGAACCUUCUAAACACGAGUUACCUUCAACCGUCAACGCCGAACCGUUGGGUUUGAUCCAAAGCACGGUAGAAACCACCACCACCACCAAACCUUUGAUGGCUUCACCUCUUUUUUGUUCUUCUAAACCCAAAAAGCUUCUCAAGACUUCAUCUUUCCAUCUUCUCCGUAAACGUGACCCCUUCCCACCACCCAAGAAGACUUACGCUCAAGAAUACGAGUUCCAAGACGAUGAAGACAAGGUGGACGUCCCAGCUGACAUCAGACUCAACAGUCGUCGCUUGCCCGAUCUUCUCCCCGACCUCAUCUCCAGUUGUCGGGCUCGUCCCAAUCUCAGUCCAAUGGGUGACAUCGAUUUUUGUCCCCACCCUGGACCUCAUCCAGGACCUAAAAAACGUGGGAGGAAACCAACGAAACCUAAACGUGAAGGUCCACCAAGACCAAGAGGGAGACCAAGGAUUCGACCUUUGGUGGAACCAUCUGGGCUUCUGGUGUCUGAUGGGGUGAAAAAACCACGUGGGAGAGGAAGAGGAAGAGGGAAGAGAAGUGGGGAGGAAGGAGGUGACGGGAACGGGUUGGAGCCGCUCAAGCCACUCAAG